AUGGAAAUCUCGGUUCCCGAGUCCCCUGAGGACCGCGUGUACGACCAAAAGUUCACCGACACCGUCUUUGCCCCGCUGCGUCAGCAUCAACAGCCCACGUCGCGCCCCACCCUGCCCACGUCUGAAUCGCGGUCAACACGCACGCGAGCGCGGUCUCCCUCGGAUCCCGCAUCCACCUCUGGACCCGCAUCCGAUCGCGCAUCGGUGCCGCCGUCAGCGCCAUCGCGCGCAGGGAGCAAGCGCACCGAGCCGGCAUCCAGCUCAGACGCACCGGGGUCGGGGUCCAAACCGUCGCGCCGCCGUAUAUCGCACAUAUCAAAGGCGUGCAAUGGAUGUCGUCGGAGGAAGAUGAAGUGUGAUGGAGCACAGCCCACCUGUGCCAUCUGCAAGGUAUACAAAGAAGACUGUGUCUACAAUCCCGAGCAGGACGGACGUCGAUCUACUCCCAAGGCCUACGUUGCCAGUCUGGAGGAACGCAUCCGCGUCCUGGAGGGUAUGCUCCAGACGGCGGGUGUGGACUCGAACGACAAGAACGCACCAUUACCUCCUGCAGACUUGUCUGCUGGCGCCACUCCAACUGUGGAUUCUGGUCUGGAUCGAUUGAAGAUGGACGAGGCUACUGGCGAGCUGCACGAGGUUGGCCCGACGUCGUUGUUCAAGCACCAUGCUGCCGAUGGUGAUGGCCGAUCACCAGCCGCGUCCUUAUCGCCUGGCUCGCUAGGUAUGGGUUCUGCCGGCGACCGACCAGCUGCGCUCCAGCCCCGACCUUCAUUCUCCCCGCACCUGGGUUCGCCAGAGCUCGACGACGCGACGCACCAGGAGGUUCUGCGACUGUUCUUUGACUAUUUCAACCCGCAAUGCUUUUGGGUCAACGAGAAGGGAUUUCGACGAGACCUGUCCACCACACCAACCAUGGAGGGCACAAUCAUCCGCCCACGACGCACAGCAUACUACUCGCCCAUGCUGCACAACGUGGUGCUCUCUGUCGGCGUGUUCAUGCUCCCCAUCGACCGGACCGUCCGCGAGCAGCUGGGACAGGCGUUCUCAAAGCGCGCCAAGGACCUGAUCGAGGAGGAAGCCGAGUCAGCCAUGAUGAGCACCGUCUCAGCAUUCAUGCUGCUGGGUACAUACCACGCCAGUGUCGCCCGGCAGAACCUCGGCUUUGUUUACUCAGGUAUGGGCCUGCGCCUGGUGCAAGCCCUCGGCCUGGGCACCAACUGUUCGUACUGGGUGAAGAACGGCAGCAUCACCGAGGAGCAGCAGCAAGGACGCUACCAGCUCUUCUACGCGGCCUACGUUCUCGACAAGUGCUGGAGCACCUAUGUGGGCCGCGGCGCCAGUCUCCUUAUCUCCAACCACGACAUUCCUCUGCCAGAAGCUGACCCCGAGGAGGACGAUAUCAUGUGGCAGCCCAUUGUGGACCUGGGCCAGCACAUGAGUUCGUUUGACCCCAGCGUGGGACAAGCGGCACUCGACCUCUCGGCGUCAAUCUCCUCGCCAAGUCUCGAGCCCAUCAAGGGAUGGAGGAGUACGACCUGGGUCUGGACGUGUAAGCUGGCCAUCAUCGCGGAGCGAGUGCUGGGCACUGUCUACUCGAUCGCCUUCAACACCGGCUCUAGCAACGUGAGACACGUCGUGUCUGACCUCGAUGUCGCGUUGGAAAAGUGGCUUGACACUCUGCCAGAUGCACUGAGGCUACCCAACACGGCGCGUGGCGAGACGCGUAUAGUGCCGUCGCACAUUCUCAACCUCCACGCCCUCCACUGCUUUAUCCUCAUUCUCCUCCACCGCCCUUGGUUUGCGCGCUUGAAACCUGACUCACCUACCGAGGUGUCAGUGGCCAAAUGCGAGCGAGCUGCGCACAAGAUGGUCCAGAUCCUGCAACUGUACCGCAAAUGCCCGGGCCUGAGGUACUGCCCCAUCACGCUCAACCAGUAUGCGUUUACCGCUGGCACCGUGCACCUGCUGUCGGCCACGCACAACGUGGACAAGUCGUCGCGCAAAGCCAAGGCGUCCAUCGAGGCCGUGCACACCUGCAUCACGGCACUGGAGGAGAUGGGCGACACGCUCGAGUGUGCUGUCGUGAGCGCCAGCACGCUGUGCAAGCUGCUCAAUGAGUCGAACCACGCGCGUCUGCCCAAACCGCCUGUCCCAAUCACGGCUCCAGUAUCCAACACUAGCAUCGAGCAGUUGCUCAAGGACCCGUCGGUCGCUGAACAGCUCCGCAAGCUCGGCUGGGCGCCACCCAGUGCGCCAAGCCCUGCUCCGCAGCCACACGCGCCCCUCUCGCCCGUGGCAGGCCGUACGCCAGGCCCGCGGGGCCAAGGUAUCGACUUUGACUGGUUCACCACCCCCAUCUCGUACCAGUCGAUGGGCAUCUCGUCAUCCGGGACGGCGGCGGGUCCGGCGCAUCCGGCAUCGUUCGUUCCCGUCCCCACAGUUCCGCCAGCUUCCGUUCCAGGACAUGGCACCAUGCCUGUGCCCCAAGGACAAUCGGCUCUGGGGCUCGAGGGCACGCUGCCACUCAGUGAGGUGCUGUAUGCCGGCGCGCCCAACUCGCCGUUCCCGGCUGGUAACGUCUGGACAUGGCCGUUCAGCUUUGACUCCAUGUAG